CAAAAUUCACUUAUGGAUAUUGAUGAUAUACAGUGAUUCAAUAAAACAUCAACAAUUCAUCUAUCAAAUAUGAUUUUUGACGCAUGAGGAAGUCCAAGAUUGAUACUAAGAAAGCGUACUUAAAAGCUCAGAAGUAUCAAACAUCCCAAAUGAACGGACUUAAACAGCGCUAUAACAUACCAUCAUGUCUUGGAUGGUUUUAUUUGCCUUGAUACUUCCAAAAUCUUUUGCCAAUGAAUUAGGAAAGGUCUGGGGAUACGAUUCACAUCUCGCACCAGAAUAUUGGGGCAAAUUACACGGCAAGGAAUGGGAUCUAUGCAAAAGUGGUAAACACCAAUCUCCAAUAGAAAUAGAUCCAAGUUUAUUAUUGUUUGAUCCAAACUUAACUAAUCUGCAUAUCAAUACUGCUAAUGUUAAUGGAAGAUUAGAAACGAAUGGAUUAGAUAUUACAUUUAGUUUAGACGAAAACACACAACACUUGUUUAAUAUAACAGGAGGUCCUCUCUCAUAUUCGUAUAAAAUCACAGAUGUAAAAUUUCACUAUGGGAUCAAAGGUUAUGCUGGCUCGGAGCAUAAGAUUGGAAACAGGACAUUUCCCGCUGAGGUACACAUGAUAGGAUACAACGACGAAGUAUAUAAAAGUAAGCCAGAAGCAGAGAUUGGUGCUAAGGGGAUCGUAAUUAUAGCUGUUUUUCUAGAGAUUGGAAGCAAACCUAACUAUGCAAUCGAAGAAAUUGUAGUGCAUCUCCCUGGCAUGAGAAAAACAGAUUACAAAGAUAUGAACACAGUUUACGAGAAAUUUAUUAAUUCAUGGGAUUUAUCUCACCUCCUACCAAAUACAGAUCAAUAUAUUACAUACGAGGGUUCAUUUACACAGCCUGGCUGUCAGGAGACUGUCACAUGGAUUAUAUACAAUAAACCAGUAUAUGUCUCAGAAGACCAGCUUGACUUAUUACGAACACACGGUAAAGGUGAUUGGAAUUAUAAAAACACACGACCAGUUCAGUCCAUUAAUCAGAGAGCUGUUCGAACGAAUAUAAAUUUUAAAUCAAAGUCUCGAUUGUGCUCAAUGGAGAGAAAAGUCAACUACAAAGUUAAUUCAUUCCUUGACAGCUGACACUGGCAAUAGGAAAUUAGCUUUACAACAAUAGGUGCUUUUAUUAAGUAGUCAGAAUCACACCGGAGCAAAUACCAGCUAUGAUAUGGUACACGAAUUUCUAAGACAUUAAAAUAAGAAGUGAUAGUAGUCUUCCAAGUGCGAUUGAAUGUGAUGAUAAUGACAACAUUGAAAGGAUGUAUCUACAAAUUCAGUGAAUAAGACAAAACAAUGUGAGGAAAAGUAAAAUUUUAAGAAAGAGUAAGAACAUCCGUAGGUGUAGUACAUUUUUAUACAUUGAUGAUGAUGAACAAGUGGUAUGUACGCAUGUAUCAUCUGGAUCUAAAUAUGGGUUUUAUUUUUACAAAAUUUCUUUGUGUGCGGAAUCAGACACGUUAGUGUGGUGAUUAUUUUGAUUUCAUCGAGGCAUUACUUUUAUGGGAAAUAACAAAUCUUCUUUUCAAAAUAUACUAGUCAAUUUGUGCAUGUAUUUGUAUAUCAUUAACGUUCCAAGGUCCGAUGUUUACUGUUUGCUUUAUAAAAAGUCAAUAUUUCAAUUUUAGACAAUUAAAUGUUAUAUACUA